AUGUCCCAAGACCCAAAUGAUAUACUCGGCCUCGACCAACAGGCCCCAACCGUCCGCCGUACAAAGGUCUCCAAGAUCGACCAGGAAAGACUCUUGGGCAAAAAAGGCCUCUCCUACAUCGAAAAAAAUUACCCAAAACUCCCCCGAGUUUGGAACAAAAACAACAAACACAUCACCUCCAAACAAUUGCGCUACGAUCAGGAAUAUGACAACUUAUCCUCCACCUUGCAGUUCUACCAGCUUUGGUGUCAUACCUUGUUUCCCAAGGCCAAGUUCAAAGAUUGUAUUCUGUUAAUUCGUGGUGUCACCAAUAGAUCACCUCAGCUCAGAAAACACAGAAAAGCCUUGAUAGACACGGAAUUGAGUAAAUUAAGAAGCAAAAUGGGCUUUGUGGAUGUUCCUUUGGAUGAAGAUAAUGAAACUCUUCCGACGGCUGCUGCACAAAACGAACAAAACGAAGCUACCGAAGAGUACCAUGUGGAUGAUGACUUUGACUUUAUGCGCCGUGAAAAUGGGCUUUUUGUGGAUCCUGACGAAGACAUCUACAAGUCGCCAGCGCCUCAACCAUCUCCACCAGCGCCUCGAACAUCCCUGCCAGUACCCCCACAAAGGCCACCGGCCCCUACGCUCUCUGACGAUGACUUUUCCGAUAACGACCAAUUUCUUCUGGCUGCAGACAUCAACCCUGACCCUCUGGAGUUUCAGCUCCAGGAUGACCAUGAUGCUGAGUUAGCAGCCAUGAACGAGCUUGGAAUGUGA